AUGAAGCCCAUUGUCGCGAUACCGCUGACCCUCGUGCUCGUCUUCCGGGCUUGGUCGAAAAACUCCCUCACGCCCGCGGGCCUCUUCGCCGCGACGCUGACGGCCGCCGCACAUGCGUACCAUCCCUGGAACCUGCCCUUUGCCUUGCUCUGCGUCUUUUUCCUGGCAGGAACACGUGCGACUCAUAUCAAGCAAAAUGUCAAAGCGACCUUGACGAUGCAUUCCAAAGGCAGUCCCGGGGGCGAGGGACCUCGCACUCACGUCCAAGUGUUGGCCAACUCAUUGAUGGCAUCGAUUCUCACGGUUGCCCACGGGUACCAGCUUCGAUCCAGAGCCGCCGCGUACGCCGAUCCCAGCAGCCCGAACCCGGAAAACAGCAUCUGCUUCUCCUGGGGCGGCGACCUGCUAGUCGUCGGCAUCAUUGCCAACUAUGCCGCUGUGGCCGCAGACACGUUCAGCUCCGAGCUGGGCAUCUUGUCCAACAGCGAGCCACGGCUCAUCACAUCCCUCACGCUGCGAAAAGUUCCCAGGGGCACGAACGGGGGCGUCACGCUGCUGGGGCUGGCGGCUGGCUUAUUUGGGUCCAUGAUCAUAGUGGCCGCUUCCAUGGUCUUCUUGCCCACGUGCACGGCGGCGUCUGCGCCGACGCUGGGGGGCGGUGCGCCGUGGACCCUAGCUCAGAGGCGGUUGUUUAUGGGCGGCAUGGUGCUCUGGGGCGCGUUGGGCAGCGUCCUGGACAGCUUCUUGGGAGCCGUGUUCCAGCGGUCAGUCCGUGACGUGAGAUCCGGCAAGAUCGUCGAGGGUGAGGGGGGGAACCGUGUCCUUGUCUCUGCAGCUGUCAGGCCAACGGCUGCACCGGCUGCAGCGCGGACGGUCCCUGAUGCAGGCGUGGAUGGGCCUGAGCAGAAGAAUGGAUCGGCUGCCGUUGGCCAAGACGAGGUCGUGGGCAAGAGCAAUCCCGGGAACAAGCACCGCAGGCCAAGCUUCGGGGACCAACUACCCUCCAGGGUGGUAGAAAGCGGCUGGGAUCUUCUGGACAACAAUGAUGUCAACUUUCUCAUGGCAUCGAUCAUGAGCGUGGGGGCAAUGGGCGUGGCUAGUUGGUACUGGGCAGUCCCUCUGGAGUCGGUACUGAAGCCGUAG